AUGGAGCUUCUAUCAUCGGAAGCAGUCCUACUGUGCUCCCUUUUCGUUUGGUUAUCUAUGGCUGCGGGUUCCGGCGAGUUCGGAGCCGCGGGGAUGGGAUUGGACGUCCCGGCGGAUUCCGUACUAGGUUGGACACACCUCUUCCUUGCGCAUCUCUUGCGUGAAUCCCUUGAUCGGACUGUCACAAGCCCUGGCAUCGACAUUUUGAUGUCCCCGGUUUCCAUUGGUGCCGUUACUGAGCGGUCCUCCGCAAAAUAAUUGGCGAUGCCUGUGUUUAUUCACCUUGCUGAAACCGUUCUUGCUCAGAAAAGAGACUUUAAUUUUCGAGAGCUUUAUUCAAUAAGUGUCCAUUUUUUAAUCUUUUUCUUUCCCCCUAUGACAUUUUUAAUGUUACGAUUUCACCAUCAUUCUGGCUUAAUUAGGAAAGAAGAACUUGGCUCCGUGGGCAACUGGCCUCCUCAGGUACUCUCCUGGGGGGCCCGAGCUGAUAGCUCCAUCCCCCAGCGCCAGGUUCCCGCUGAUCUUGGCGGCAACGAGGACAAAGAGGCCAGAUUUACUGAACAGAUUUAAAUUUUAUAGAGGAGGUUGGGACAUCACUAACAGGCAUUACUGGACGGUAUGAACAUAGACUCAUUCGUAGUCCAACUAUCAGUUUAUUCCAUGCAGCUUAGCAGAUCCAAUGAGUCAAUGGAAUUGUCUGUUGUUCCCAAAUAUUUGUUCACCAAGUUGAAUGUGCCAAUUCUUGCAAGAAGCAAAAGCUACUUAUCGCUAUGACCAACAGCAUUCUCAUCAUCCUCUUUGAGCGUAUCACAGUCUGUAGAAUAUAAUGACCGUAUUUCUCUGGAUUUGGCAUCUAUCAGUGGUGUUGUAUAACCUCUUUCUUUUCUUAAAUACAGAUGAGAUAUCUUAGGAUAAGAAAGUAUAAGUUUCCAGUCAUCUUAAAUGAAAUCUUUAUGGUAAUAUUGGGUUUAUCUUGCAAUUUUUUAUUAAAAUACUAUGGUAAAUUUUCGCAUGAAAGAUUAGACAUUAUCUCCUCUGGAGUUGGAUUCUGUUUUGCCUGGCGCUUGAAUGUGAUAUUCCUUAUUUGUUUUCCUGGUGCAGUCCAUCGGGUUUACAGGUGCUGCUGGAUUCAUUCUUUCAUUCAUGUGGUUCACUUUCUUUGGAGUUGUCUUACUGGCAAGUCGCUGCUCUAAAUGGGGCAUAAACAUGAAACAUAAGAAGUUGUCCUCUUAUGGUCGUCAGAUUUAUCUGAUGUUGCUUGUUAUAUUCACAUGUGCUGCAUUGUAAUGCUCUCAACUCGUUGGAAAUUUCUUUUAUUUGGUAGACAUUUUCUCAUGUCUGAAUGUCUGGUUCAAGUUGCUAUGAGUCAAUGACGUUUUGAUACCAGUGAGAUUAUUAGUGAGAUGACCUUUAUUUGUAUGAUGAAGAAUCAUACUUAUUAUUUAAUUUUGUGGAACGUUUGAGUUGAUGAAUGAGGUAACUUGUUAUGUCAAAUAAAAUUUUCUUCGGUGAAUAAAUUCAAGCAGAAAAUAUAUUAGAUCAGAUGAAGUUAAAAUAAAGGACUCCCAUUUAGCAGUCAUCAAACAAAAGAGUAAAAACAACAGGCCAUUUUAAUAUGUUUCAUCAAUUCUAUUUGCCCGUGAUACCUUCAAUUUUUAAAUGUUUGUAACUUCGAUCAAUCAUAGGUGAAACACUAUGCAAUUCAAUACUUUAAAAUGAUAUUUUAUAAAAUCAUGUUAUACAUAAUAUCUAUUCAUUAGACAUGCUGUUGGAUGAAAUGGCUUAUCCUUAGAUGUGUCAAAGACCAAUACAAUUUUUGGGACGAUGUUCUGUCUGACAUGUGCAAUGAUUUUUUUAAACACUUUCUAUCUAUUUUGGAUGAAAUCCCUGUAUAUUUUUUCUAAAAUUCUGCAAUGCCUUAUGUGAUAUUAGAUGGCUAGUUUAUUCCUUAGAUUCUUGUCUAAUAAUAUUGUAUUUCGUGGAUUUUUUCCCCGCACUCAUUUUCUAUUUUGGAUUGUACCAGAAUUGGAUGUAUUCUUCUUUCUGUUGGGCAGGAUGAAUUCCAUAAAGAGGUCUUGGAUACCUUGAAUUUUGUCGUAAACCAGUCAGAUUUUACAGUUCAGAUUCUUAGGAAUGUUACCGAGUUCCUGUUGCUUGCAAAAACUGUAAACGUGGACCAAGUUAUUCUUCCACAAGAUGUCCCUGGAAAACUUGACAAGCUGAUCGUAGAUUUAAACCGUGCAGCCUCUAUGCUAUCAGAGAAAACAACUGAAAAUUCUGGCAAAAUAAGACGUGUCUUUGGUGAUGUGUACGUAUUUACAAUCUUGGCUGUGAUUCUAGACACUUUUAUUGGUUAUCUUCUUUUCUAGUUGUGCUCCUAGAUUUAGUUUUUUGUUUUUAUGUUUGCAGGCGAUGCACGCUAAUUGCAGUGGCAGCAGUCAUGCUUGUGCUGGCCUCAGUUGGAUUUCGUGAGUACUUUCCACUUUCUUUAAAAGAAUUCCAUCUACUCCCCUCGUUUUCAUUUCCAUUUCUUGUUUCAUCGGCCAUGGUACAUCUGAUCCCUGUUUUCUUCUUCCUCUGCAGUGCUUUCGCUCUUCCAAAACCGGCAGGCUAUUUAUAUGUACGUUCACUCAAUUGAGGCUUUUAAGUACACGUCUUGCAAAAAAAAAAAAAAAAAAAAAGAAACCGCUUGCAUCACUCAUAGCUGCUAAGAAGCCUACAUAUUUAUGCUUGACUUCUUAUUUCAGAUUUGUCUUCAGCGGCUGGCUACUUGUGACGGUUACUUUAGUCCUGUGUGGAGUUUUUAUAAUCCUCAACAAGUAAGGCUCUAAAUUUUCUCAUAGUGGCAUCUUUUUCUUUCCCAACUAUCAUCUGAUACAUGAAUACUAUAUUUACUAUCGUUACUUUCUAAACGUAAAUUUACUGGGCCAUUGUCCUUGCUCGUGACUCUAACCCGUAUGCAUUGUGAAGUGAACCCUGCUUAGACUCUCCUCAUUGCAUCAGAAUGUUAUUUUACUAUUUUCUGUUUGGAUCAGUGCCAUCUCGGAUACGUGUGUGGCCAUGAAUGAGUGGGUGGAGAACCCUCAUGCUGAGACAGCUCUCAGUAGUAUCCUUCCGUGCGUUGAUGAGCGGACAUCAAACUCAACCCUGCAUCAAAGUAAACAAGUUGUCGUUCAGCUUGUAAAUGUCAUCAACACGGUGAUACACACAAUCGUGAACGCAGAUCCAUCUCAGUUGAACUCUUCUUCGUACUACAAUCAGUCUGGUCCACUGAUGCCUGCUCUUUGUUCCCCGUUCGAUUCCCAGCUGGAUGAUCAGCGGUGCCAGCCACCUGAAGUGUCCCUUGACAAUGCAUCCCUGGUGAGUGUUUCUUUUCUACUUUUAUUAUUUUUUGCGGGUAUACCAUGGUAAACUUUUCUGAACUGUGGCAAUGGUAUAGUUGAAGAAAUGGCAGUAAUCUCUGCAGGUUUCUCUCGGGUACAGUUUUCUUCUUUUCGCAAUAUUUCCGCAAGAUUCCUGCUGGUUUUUCUGUGUUAAAAACCCAUUAGAGUCUAUGUGCUGGGCGUUUCUCGGGGAAAAUGUUUGUCUUUUAUAUAGACGGACUAUAUAUACUCAUAGUUCAUUUCUAGGUAUCAUCCUUUAAGCUUGGCUCUAGUUUGCUUCCAACUCAUACGAGUCUAUGUGCUUUCCUUCGGAUAAACGCUCCGCUCUCGUCCUGUAGACAUGACCGCAAAACACUUACAGUUAAUCUAUUUUCUAUUAUCAUGUGAAACUCGGUCUUCGUCUGCAUUCAACGCAUGCGAGUCGAUGGGCUUCUCCUUGGAUCUAUGUUUCUAUCUCUUUAUGUAGUUUAUUUUUCUUAUAACAUCUCUCCAUACUCGGCGCGUUUUCUGAGUUCAACCCUUGAUAAUAGCCCGUGGGCCUUUUCCUUUUGCAAAUAAUUCUCUCUUCAUGUGGACCAACCAUAUAAUUUUCUCUUCUCUCUUUUCACUUCUCUCUUCUCGCUUUUUACUUCUCUCUUCUCUCUUCUCUCUCCUCUAUUCCCCUGCUCUGCGAUGGUUAAAUAACGACUUCCCAGUCUGUCGUCUCCUCUGUUGUCCCAGGUCUGGCAGAGCUACGCAUGUGAGGUCACCCCAUCGGGCUCCUGCGCCACCGUCGGCAGGAUCACCCCCGAUCUAUACCGGCAGCUAGUGGUGGCCGUCAAUGCGAGCUACGCCCUCGACCACUACACCCCCUUUCUGCUCAGCCUCCAAGACUGCAACUUCGUCCGCGAGACGUUCACUGCCAUCGGCUCCCUUCACUGCCCCCGCCUGAAGCGCAACCUGCCGGUGGUGGAGGCGGGGUUGGCCAUGACAUCGGCCGGGGCCAUGCUCUGCCUCGUGCUGUGGCUUCUUCAUCCAGACAGCCCCCGAAGGGAGGAAGCGUCUGUGAAGCCCGGCCCGGCGGUGCCCCUGUAG